CACCUCUGAAAGGGUCCAUCCAUUCACCUCGCUGCAUCGUACCCACUGACGCUAGGUGACUGAAUCUAACCAGUGACUACCCUGGAGAUAGAAAACAUCGAAUCCUAUCUCAUCGCAUCGAGAAAGAUAGGCCAAGUCCUCGUUCCACAUCCAAUCCAACAUGUCCGCCGCAGGCUCCGAAUUCCGCCAGCGAGGCGUCAACCGAUCCCAGGCGCAAGCUCCUCCCCCCCCGCAACGCCGGGCAUCGACUUCGAGCAGCCUGCCGCGGCCCGGGUACUCGUCCGCUCCACGACCCAGCCCGAAACCAAUCCAGAGACAAAACCGUAGCUUUUCGAAUUCAUCGAUCGGCGGCUCKGUUCCCUUUUCGUCCUCGCCGUCGUCCUCCCAGGCACAGAGAUCGGGAUCCUUCACCGGKUAUCCAAGCACCGCGCAGGCGUACAAUCCCAAUGCCAGCUCGUCCAGCUUGAACAGCGGUUACGGAGGAUACGGAGGCAGCGCCAACACYACCAUGAAUGGUGGUUACGGAAUGAACGGUGCCGGAGCCAGCAAUGGAAUGAGCAACAACGUCGGCUACGGGAGAGACGACGCCGACCAAAAUAAAUACGGCAAAAAGCCCAACCGCAAGGGAGGAAGCAGCAGCUUCACGGGCGGCAUGGGCUUUGUUGUCGGAGGCAUUGGCCUCUUCUGCUACGCCAUUCUUAUGACGACGCUCUAUUGGUCCAAAAGCUCCCAGACAAAAUCGAUGCUCUCUCGACUAGACUUGCCCGACACACUCACCGUCAUUGAAACAAUGGAGAGCAUAAAGCGGCAGUUGAAAUCGAGUGAGUCGAUGCGACAACGGAACGAGCAGGCGACCAAGWCCAAGCACRGCAACGAGAUCAACACCCUGGAACGAUCCAACCGUWUGCUGAAGGAACAAUUGGAACACCACACGGAURUCGUKGUACCGGARGCCCGCGRUAAGAUCGAGAAGCACACGAGGCGAGAAAAGGCUUUUGCAGAUCAGAUUGGGUGGUUGAUGGACGCAACGAGAAGGGAAUCGAAGCGGAUGGUGUUGGAAAGGUACGAGUGCGAUUGAAAAUACGCGUAGUGUUGGCUGAUGUUAUGGAAACAAAGAGAUCAAUUWAAAAGGGCUAAAAAUUGGAACAGCGAGAAUUCUUACAAAAUGCUAUGGUUCCUCUCACAACAAUAUUUUACCUUCUUUUUGGUUUUCGGAUUCUCAUUUGAUUGUAUCUCACCCAUUUUAUUUGCUGAUUUCUGYUAUGUCGGUCGUUUCUCUCUGAAUUGCAAUCUGUCAUGAAAUCUUGAUUACACGCCGUUCUCUUUAUCCCGAUUUUCGACAAUUUGAAACGUUACAAAACAAACAGAUUCGGUCCAGGUCCUCAUAAAGUCUCGGUCCACUAUUUGAUCCCCGAAGACCCGMUGAAAUCUGACGGGCCGAAAAUUAAAAAAAAAUUCCAAAUUGAUUUGGCACCUCUAGAUCUGGUCCCUCACGCYAUUCAUCUUUUUUUGGAGCAGGUCGAUCAUGGAUUGUUGGACGGUACACACUUUUAUUUGAACGGCCCCCACAUUGUGCAGGCGGGUCCCCAACCAGAGUGGGGACAUACCGCCGUCGACGGCAACGACGACACAUUUUAUCAACACCACCCCAAGAAAGAAGAGCUGAGCAACUCUGCCAUUGGAACCAUGGAAAAAUAUGAAAAGCAGGCACAAAAGAAAAAACAAGAAGACCAUGGUCAUGAUGACAGGUUUGAUGAUGACGACGACGAUAUGUACGAAAACUAUUUCAAUGAAGAAGACUACGCCAUAGAGGACAAACGCACCCAGAGAUUCGCCGAUAUGGGGUUGGAACAAUUGGCCUUUCCCGAUUAUCACCAAGAAUGGCCCCACGAUGCAUGGACGGUCGGAUUUACUGGCCGGCCCGGUGGACCUGACUGGUAUAUCAACAAGGUCGACAACAGGCAGGGACAUGGACCCGGUGGGCAGUACCAGUACGCCCUCAACGAACAAGGAGAUUCCUGUUUUGGGGUCAUUUCGGGUGGUCCCCAACGUGAAGAAGUGGUUAAAGAUAUUUAUACUGGCGGUAUCUACGGGGACAAUUCCGAAUGGCACCAUUUCAUGACUCACCCUAUCGAGAUUGYCCAUGCUGAAAUUCUCACCAAGGAGCCAAUGAUGGAUAAGCACAUCCAUCUGACACACCUGAMGAGCCAGCACAAGGUCUACAACCACCGGAAGAAACAUCGCCACAUCGACGAGGAACUGCUUCCGGAAUCCACCAUUCACCACGGCGAAGGCGUCGAUCCCAACARUCUGCCAAACCACUUGAAAGAAAGGCUGGCCUACAAAAAGAAGGGUGCCAAGAUAUCCAUCAAUAAGGUUAAGCAUGGACAUCGACCCCACAUCGAUGGAGCUGCAGAGGCAUAAGACAAGAAAAAAAUAUCAACGUUUGAAGACAUUAAGUCGCCAUUGCAUACUAAUAUUCUAUUAUACAACCAUACCCACAUUUUGUGUUUCAUCUUGAUUGCGAUCCGUCGAAACAUUUCGUCAUUACUACUGGAUAGAGGAGCUCGGCAUUCUGAUCGGCAUCGGCUGCCCUUAUGGCAUCCGUAAUGGGAGAUCGACCGGAGGGCAUUUCAAUGAAUCGACACAAAGCGAUGUUCGUGYAGAGCCUCUAAGACAUCGUUUGGGCGGCAUAAAUAUGCGCGAUGGUU